ACUCUUCGUCAUCGUACAGUUAACGGUUUAAGUAGAGUAAGUGAAAAGGAACGGGGAAAAAUUGUACAGUAGAAUCAUCUAGCCCUGGAGUAGCGACCAGUCGACCAGCUGCAUUCCUCAUCGUUUGAAUGUCAGGUGACACAGCGCGAGAGGUAGGCUUCGACUGCCAAGUCGCAAAGGUGCAUUCGACUGCAGAUAUAACGUCCGGGUUGGAACAGGUCACCAUGAGCGACCGAUUCGACUGUGACAACUGCAAGGAGUCCCUGUACGGACGCAAGUACAUACAAGCAGAUGGGGGUGAGGGGGACAACCCCUACUGCAUUCCCUGUUACGACAGCCUUUUCGCCAACACCUGUGAUGAGUGUAAAGAGCUCAUCGGCCACGAUGCCAGGGAGCUGUUCUACGAGGACAGGCAUUACCACGAGCACUGUUUCCGCUGUUUCCGCUGCGACCGCUCGCUGGCGGACGAGCCCUUCACCAGCCAGGGGGAGGAGCUGCUGUGCAACGACUGCUACUGCAACGAGUUCUCCUCCAAGUGUGUGGCCUGCGACAAGACUGUCAUGCCAGGCACCAGGAAGUUGGAGUAUGGUGGCUCCACAUGGCACGAGGGCUGUUUUAUCUGCCAUAGCUGUGAGCAGCCAAUCGGCUCCAAGUCCUUCAUCCCAGACAAGGAUGAACACUACUGCGUUCCCUGCUAUGAGAACAAGUUCGCCCCACGCUGCACCCGCUGCAAGCUGGCUCUGGCUAAAGGCGGAGUAACCUACCGAGACGAACCAUGGCACAAGGAGUGCUUUGUGUGUACGAGCUGCAAGGUGCAACUGGCCGGGCAGCAUUUCACCUCUCGCGACGACAGCCCCUACUGCCUCAAGUGCUUCGGCAGCAUCUAUGCCAAGAAGUGUGAAGCCUGCAGCAAACCUAUCACAGGUUUCGGUGGAGGGAAGUAUAUCUCGUUUGAGGAGCGCCAGUGGCAUCAGCCUUGCUUCAACUGCACAGAGUGCUCUGUGUCUUUGGUGGGAACUGGCUUUUUCCCCAAUGGAGAUCAGAUCCUGUGUCGCGACUGCAACACCAAUAGCAAUUUAUAGAACCCCUUCACAUUGUGCGCACACACACACACACACACACACACACCCAACCUUGCCCUUGUUCCUAACACACUUCCAUCUAAGUCUACCCCAGCCCCUCAUCAUUACUGCCAAGGCAUCCCAGGCUAUGCCCACUUACAGACAGACAUCUGGCUCACCAGACCACUGCUGGCCGUCAAAUAACAGGGCUAAGUAUCAGGCUGCUGAAGCACAAGCACAGACAGAAAUUAGCCUACGGUUGAUCUAAUUUGGCAGAGGCAAGUACUCAUUGCUACCAUAGACCUUGUUUUUCUAUGCAUUGGUGACUUUGGUUGUGUUGGUUUAAACAAAGGAUAUAUGUAUCAAGGGAUAGAACCCAAACCAUUAUGAAUGUUAUUUGAAAGUUAUCUGAAUGUUCACUGAUGAGUGCUUUUAUUUGGUGGAUUCUCAAGGAUCUACCAACCCCAAAAUUUCUACAAAAAGACAACUACCAAAGAAACCUGACAUGAAACUGCCAAAAGAGAAUUAACUGGGAAUCUGAAUUCACUAGAGAAAUGAAAACAGUAUGACUACACCUAUGUGUUAUAGUGGAGGUUACAGUACUGGUGAAAACCUUGACCCACAUGCAAAUUGUUUGUCAAACAUUGUUCUGAAAUUGUAUUACUUUGAUUUAGUUGCUAUUUUGAGAUGUAGAUUUUCUCCACUCAUGAUGGUAACUUUAAAAAAGUUGGAUGUGCCUUAAAAAAAUAUUUUUUAUUUUGGAUAUAGCAUCAAACCAAAGUACAAGAAUUUGCCAACGGCUAUGCAAAUGUCUGGCUUAAUUUGUAUGUAACGCAUCACCACUAAUCUAUGAAAUCGACACUUUGUAAAGCAGCCACAAACCACUCCUAUAUACUACAUUGUAUAUACAGUAUGUUAUAUUUUUGAGUGUUUCCAAUGCUAAAUAGUAGUCUUGUGAGAGUGAAUGUUGACUAUUUCCAUGUGUCAGUUGUUUCAAACCAAUAUUUUAGUGUUGUCACUUAGUAGCCUUGUCAUUAUAUUUUUCUUAUAUUUGAAGAGGAUGGUGCUGUGGUUUCUUAAUGCAUUUUUUGGAAUCUGUUCCAGAAAGUUGACUUUAUUUUAUACCAAAGAAUAGGUCAAAGAUAAAAAACUAGAAUUAAAAAAAAAAUAUGGUAUAUGACUGUUGAUGGAAAAGAUGAAUGAUAUCGGUCAAGACAUAAGUAUAACGUUGUCAUAUACAUGUAUUUGCACUAUGGCUCAAAUAUUUCCCUUGCUCCCAUAAUUUGUGCACAUACAAAUACACACACAACUCAUUAAUUUAUAUAUUGCACAAUACAGCAACACCAAAACCACUCUUAGCUUUUUAGAAACUGUAAUUUGCUUUUGUCCAUGCUGACACUUUUAGCAUGUAAUUAUCUAGCAAACACAACAUAGCUUUCUACCUAGCUAAUUACACUUCUCUAGCUCUCUGCAGCUUCUUCAUGGAAACAAAUUGUUACUAUGUAGCUAUGUUACUAGCUAUGAUGACCAGAAAAGCUAGCUUGGUGCAUGAACUAAUUUUAAUUUGAUCUUGAGUUGAGCAAAAUUAGCUGUAUUCACAAGCAACAACAGCUGAUACUUUGAAAGAAAUACAUAUGAAAAUGCUUACCUGCACUUAUGUUUCUUCCCGUGCAACCACUAUGUUUCAGGGGGUCGUACAGGAAAACAUUAGUGUAGCUGUAGUUUACAGAAUUAGCAUUUUACAUAGUAUUCAGUGUUGAGUGAUGAAACAUCAACCAGUUGAGUUAUCUUUUGUCGGUGGUCCGUAGGAAGAACUGUGUGCCUUGUUCUGCACGUACCACCUCAUUUGUUUAAAUGUCUGGUGCAAUUCCAGCUAACAUUAACUAUCUAGUUAACUAGCUAAAUAAUUAACAAGUGCAUAUUUUUUAAACCUAAUGAAACAUUAAACAAAACUGCCUUGUUAGAUGUCAAUACUUGCUCUUGAAAAACAUGUAUUAUGUGGUUUUAGAACAAAUCUGAUAUACAAAGGUAUGGAUUGCACAAGCAAAAUACCAUCUUAAGUUUUGGUUGUCAGCCCUCUGAUAUACCAAGUGGCUCAAGUAUACCAAGUGGACCAAAACAUUCUACAUGUAAAAUAGUCAGGAAUGCCUGUGACGUUAGGCAGAUGGAUGCCACAUAGAACAUGCAUGGGGGUCCACAAAAAAAAAAAAACAUACUGCGAUGUAAGCAAGUGUUCAGACGGUUAAUGCAUUUUGUAUAAGUAAUAUAUUUUAUGGUUGCAUGUUUUUCCAUUUAAAUUUCCAGGGAAUACAAAUAUAUGAUAUAUAUAAGUGUAUUUCAUUAUUUUGAACUUUGAUGCUGGCAAGUCAGAGUUGUCAACAGGGCUUUUUAUGGUUCUAGAUUGAGAAACAUGCCUUAUAACCUAAUAAUUAAAAAUAAAAUAAAAAAGCUUCUGUUAAUUUAA